ACCCUGUCCUUUCUCCUGCGAAAAUUGCACAUGGCUUAAAAAAAACGCAAGUGCACGACUCCAAUUCAUGCCAAUUUCUUGCAUUUCAAGUGUUUAUUUUUAAUAGAUUUUUGUGCGAAAACAUAUACAAAACGGUAAAGAGUGCAAAGUACCCAACAUCAAGUCAGCACUAAAAAAAGAUUGUACAUAAGGCCACUUUGAAGGAACACAAAAUAUAUACAUACAUGUUUACACUUCAAAUUCCUUACGCAGCAGUUAAAUAAAAGUCACAAUCUCCACUUACUAUUUUGAGCACACGAAAAUUUCUAUUAAAAAUCUACGGUCAACAACACUUGAAAUUCAGUGUAAAACAAGCAGCAAGAGCAACCAACUAAUUCAGGAAGAGAAUUAGGAAGGAACAAAUAGAAAAAAAAAGAAAGUAAUCAACAAAAACAGUGUAAAUAAACAACACAAAAAAAAAUGUCUGGAGAGGAAACGUCCGCUGAUCGCAAUGUCGAAAUAAAAAAAAUCAAGAAACUCAUUAAGAGUUUGGAGAUGGCACGCGGUAAUGGCACAAGCAUGAUUUCAUUAAUCAUACCGCCAAAGGAUCAAAUCUCACGUGUUAGCAAAAUGUUAGCCGAUGAAUUCGGCACAGCGUCCAACAUCAAGUCACGUGUCAAUCGUUUGUCUGUCUUGGGCGCUAUUACAUCGGUACAACAUAGGCUUAAAUUAUACACCAAAGUGCCUCCAAAUGGUCUGGUCAUCUACUGCGGCACCAUUGUCACAGAAGAGGGUAAAGAGAAGAAGGUUAAUAUUGAUUUUGAACCCUUCAAACCGAUCAAUACAUCAUUAUAUUUAUGCGAUAAUAAGUUCCACACUGAAGCGUUGACCGCUUUAUUGGCCGAUGAUAAUAAAUUCGGUUUCAUUGUGAUGGAUGGUAAUGGUGCACUCUUUGGUACAUUGCAAGGUAAUACACGUGAGGUAUUGCAUAAAUUCACUGUCGAUCUGCCGAAGAAGCACGGGCGUGGUGGUCAAUCAGCGUUGCGUUUUGCCCGUUUACGUAUGGAGAAACGUCACAAUUAUGUGCGUAAAGUUGCUGAAGUUGCUACACAAUUGUUCAUUACAAAUGAUAAGCCCAAUAUUGCGGGCUUAAUUUUGGCUGGUAGUGCGGAUUUUAAGACCGAAUUGAGUCAAUCUGAUAUGUUUGAUCCUAGACUGCAAUCCAAGGUUAUUAAGCUGGUGGAUGUCUCUUAUGGCGGUGAGAAUGGUUUUAAUCAAGCGAUAGAACUGGCGGCCGAGUCAUUGCAGAAUGUUAAAUUUAUACAAGAGAAGAAACUCAUUGGACGUUACUUUGAUGAAAUUUCUCAGGAUACUGGCAAAUAUUGUUUUGGUGUUGAGGAUACCUUGCGCGCCUUGGAAUUGGGUUCCGUUGAGACAUUAAUCUGUUGGGAAAAUUUAGAUAUACAACGAUAUGUAUUGAAGAAUCAUGCGAACUCCACGUCGAACACAGUAUUGCACUUGACGCCCGAACAAGAGAAGGACAAGUCACACUUUACUGACAAGGAAAGUGGUGUUGAAAUGGAAUUAAUUGAGUCUCAACCGCUGCUCGAAUGGCUGGCGAACAAUUAUAAAAUGUUCGGUGCUACACUUGAGAUUAUUACGGAUAAAUCUCAGGAGGGUAGUCAGUUUGUGCGAGGUUUUGGUGGCAUUGGUGGUAUUUUGCGCUACAAAGUAGACUUCCAAAGUAUGCAGCUCGACGAAAUUGACAACGAUUACUACGAUAUAGAAGAUUAUUAGACAAUUAUAAUUUUUUUUGUUUUUUUUUUUUAUACUUAAAAAAAUUCUCUUCCAUUUGCAAAAAUUUUGAAAAAUUAUAUUUAAAUUUUUAAAACACAAAUUAUCAAAAGAAAAACAAAAACAAAAACCACCAACACUUCCAAUACAUAAAAGGGAAACUCUCUGUUGAGCUGACAUCACAAAGUGAACGAACGGGCGGCUAGAAAUAUUCGUUAUAUUCACCGAGAAUUGUGAAAGUCAAAAAUAAUUGUUAAUUAGCAUCGAAGGAAACGUACAUAUAUAGUCUAUAUAUUUAUCUAAGAACAAAAAAGAAAAUAAAAAAUUUCCAAAUUCAUAACACAAAAAACCAAGCAAAGCAAUACCUCAAACCACAUGGAAGUAGCAUGCAUGCAGUGGGGGAAAAUCCCAAUUCCAGAGACACGGUCCGUAGCACCGCUAAAAAAUUUGUGAUUAGCAACUAGUAUCUACCACAAAUCUGUUUUGAAUCAUAAGGACGCGCCAACAUCGUAUUUAUAUUGUUGCGUUUUUAUGCUGUGCCGCUCCAAUUGAUACCUUUUUAGUUGGAAAGGUCAAGUUCUUUCGCUAUUACCACAUGAAACUACCCUGUUUCGUUCAAACUGUCUGUCUGCUACUGCCUACGACGUAGUCGUCGUUGUUGUCGUCGUCGUCGUGCCUUCGGCUGCAACCAAGCAUUUUGGCGUCUAGUAACGUCCUGAAUUUUAGCAACAUUAAUUAACACUAACAACUUAAUUUGCAAAGAAAAUAAUUUUGUUAGUAAAAAAGAAGAAAAAGAGCGUAAAAAA